UCUUUAAUUGGUUUAGUAAACAAAGACUAUGGAUUUAUGGGUAGUUGCUGCAGCUGCUGGUGUUGGAUAUGCAGCCAAAGCUAAUUACUUCCAAAAUUCAACAUCAAGAGUAACAACAGAGAGCUCAUUCAAAACAUGUUCUUGUCAAUCUCAUCCAUGGAAUCUAUUGCAGCAGAUACGCGGUAGAACUUGCCCGUUAUGCAGAUUACAAGUGAAUGGAGCAGUAAGCAGUACUUCUGGUGCUAAUAAUAGUGGUGAAUUCCAUUUGCAGAAUUAUGGGAUUAAUACAAGAAACGCGAGAACUCAACUAAAGAACAAGGCUGAUGAGAGUAUCUUGAAACCUCUAGAAUAUGUGUAUACUUCACUUGCAUCACUAUCACCAUUGCCAUCGCCAUCGCCAUCACCAAGUACAUACAUGGAGACAGUUGGAAGUUUAAUAAGCAGAGGCAGCCAUGAUUUCAGAAAAGAGAUGGAAUCAACAGAAACUCAAACUGAAUCAUUUCAUUCACAAGGUUUUUCCAGCAAUGAUUUGCUUUAUUUCUUUGUUGGAAUAGCUAUUGGGAUGACACUGAUCAUUGCUUACAGCAGAAGAGAAGUAGACAAUUUAAAUGAACAACUGAAUAAGAAUGAGAACCUGGCUCGUGACUUAUAUGAAGAACUCGAAAUGAAAGACCAUGUAAUUCUAAAAGAGCUGCCAAAUGAGGAUACAGAAACAGCGUUUUCGACAGAAAAGGAAUCUAAAUUCGACAGCAAAGAACUAUCUGACAACAAGUGUAAGAAUUCUGAAGCAAUUAGUAAAAUUGAGGCAGAACUUGAAGCUGAGCUAGAAAUAUUAGAACAAACAAUGAAAUCGUCAUCUACCUUGGAUGUACAUUUAGAAUUUGUGGAAGAUAGUUUAUCAGACUCGGAGCAUGAAGCAAGUGGAACCUCAUCUUAUCCAAUACAAACAGGAAUCUACACUGUACCACCUCAGGAGCUGCGGUUGCGCCUUCAUGAGGUAAUACAAGAUAGGCUGAAACAACAGAUAAUGGAACUUGAGAUAGCACUUGAAGAUAGUCAAAACAGAUUGCAUAUGCUGGAAUCCGAUACAGUGUAGUCAUUAGACGAUUAAUUAAACUUCGAUUAAAAGAACUGUAUAGCACUCUAUUCAUUGAUCACAAAAAACAUAACACAGAAGACAUUCAAAUCAAAGUUCUAUUUUCAGGAAUAAUAUUUGAACUAUUCUAAGUAA